AUGAGCCAGGACAGCAAAGUGAAAACGACGGAGUCCAGCCCCCCUGCCCCACCCAAGGCCAGGAAGUUGCUGCCUGUCCUCGACCCAUCUGGGGAUCACUACUACUGGUGGCUGAACACGAUGGUCUUCCCAGUAAUGUAUAACCUCAUCAUCAUCGUGUGCAGAGCCUGCUUUCCUGAUUUGCAACACAGUUAUCUGGUGGCCUGGUUAGUGCUGGACUACACAAGUGACCUGCUAUACCUACUGGACAUCGUGGUGCGCUUUCACACAGGAUUCUUGGACCAGGGCAUCCUGGUGGUGGACAAAGGCAGGAUUUCAAGUCGCUACGUUCGCACUUGGAGCUUCUUCUUGGACCUGGCUUCCCUGAUGCCCACAGACUUGGCCUUCCUGCGUCUGGGCCCACACACGCCCACACUGAGGCUGAACCGCUUCCUGCGUGCGCCCCGCCUCUUUGAGGCCUUUGACCGCACAGAGACCCGCACAGCUUAUCCAAACGCCUUUCGCAUCACCAAGCUGAUGCUUUACAUUUUUGUUGUUAUCCAUUGGAACAGCUGUCUAUAUUUUGCCCUGUCCCGGUACCUGGGCUUCGGGCGUGAUGCCUGGGUGUACCCUGACCCCGCGCAGCCUGGCUUUGAGCGUCUGCGGCGCCAGUACCUCUAUAGCUUUUACUUCUCCACGCUGAUCUUGACCACUGUGGGUGAUACGCCGCUGCCAGCGCGGGAGGAGGAGUACCUCUUCAUGGUGGGCGACUUCCUACUGGCUGUCAUGGGUUUUGCCACCAUCAUGGGUAGCAUGAGCUCUGUCAUCUACAACAUGAACACUGCAGAUGCAGCUUUCUAUCCAGACCAUGCACUGGUGAAGAAGUACAUGAAGCAGCAGCAUGUCAAUCGCCGAUUGGAGCGGCGAGUUAUUGACUGGUACCAGCACCUGCAGAUCAACAAGAAGAUAACCAACGAGGUAGCCAUCUUACAGCACUUGCCUGAGCGGUUGAGGGCAGAAGUGGCUGUAUCUGUACACUUGUCUACUCUGAGUCGGGUGCAGAUCUUCCAGAACUGUGAGGCCAGCCUCCUAGAGGAGCUGGUACUGAAGCUGCAGCCCCAGACUUACUCGCCUGGAGAAUAUGUCUGCCGCAAGGGGGACAUUGGCCGGGAGAUGUACAUCAUCCGUGAGGGUCAGUUGGCUGUGGUGGCAGAUGAUGGCGUCACACAGUAUGCUGUGCUUGGUGCAGGGCUCUACUUUGGGGAGAUCAGCAUCAUCAACAUCAAAGGAAACAUGUCUGGGAACCGCCGCACAGCCAACAUCAAGAGUCUAGGUUAUUCAGACCUGUUUUGCCUGAGCAAGGAGGACCUGCGGGAAGUCCUGAGUGAGUAUCCAAAGGCCCAGGUUGUCAUGGAAGAAAAGGGCCGUGAGAUCCUGCUCAAAAUGAACAAGUUGGAUGUAAAUGCUGAGGCAGCUGAGAUUGCCCUACAGGAAGCCACAGAGUCUCGACUACGAGGCCUCGACCAGCAACUUGAUGAUCUACAGACCAAAUUUGCUCGCCUCCUUGCUGAGUUGGAAUCCAGUGCACUCAAGAUCGCUUAUCGCAUUGAACGGCUAGAGUGGCAGACUCGAGAGUGGCCAAUGCCUGAGGAAAUGGCUGAAGCUGAUGAUGAGGGCGAGCCUGGGGAAGGAACUUCCCAGGGUGGAAAAGGCAGGACUGGCCAGGAGGGACUCCCAGACCCAGAGUGA